GGCAGGGGCAGCCUCAGUCCGGCCGCCGCCAUGGGCUCGACCCGCCGGGCCCUCGCCGGGCUCUACGAGCGGGGAUCGGGCCACGCCGAUGGCGCCGAGGAGGCCGAGAGCGCGGCCUGGGCCUCGCGGCCGGACCGGCGGAGUUACCUGCUGGGCAUCCGGCCCCAGAACAGGAGCACCUUCUGCGCAAUCAUUUCUCAGCUGACGGAGGAAACACAGCCACUAUUUGAAACCACUAUCAAAUCCCGUUCUGUGUCCGAGGACUCUGAUGCUAAAUUCACGUGCAUAGUGACAGGGUUCCCGCAGCCGGAGGUGACAUGGUACAAGGAUGAUGAGGAGAUGGAUCGCUACUGUGGCUUACCCAAGUACGAGAUAUUCCGUCAUGGAAAUCGCCACACCCUGCAGCUGUACAAGUGCCGAGAAGAAGAUGCAGGCAUUUACCAGGCCUCAGCUAGAAAUACCAAAGGCAUCGUGUCCUGCUCUGGUGUGCUGGAAGUGGGAACCAUGACGGAAUUCAAAAUCCAUCAGAAAUGGUUUGACAAAAUAAAGAGAAAAGCUGAAGAAAAGCUGCAAGAGAUAGAACAGGGCAAGAAACGAGGAAAAGAAAACGUGGAGGUGGAGAAGUUGCAGGGAAUGAGCCCCGAAAGGCUCCAGAGGAAGCGGAGGCUGGCUAGGGAUCAGAAUCUUCAGUCGGGAGACUCUUCAUGGGAGAAGGAAGAUGCAGCGAAAGUGCACGUCGCGGAUUCACAGUCCAGAUUGCACAAGGAUAUUGCUGAGACACAGGAGCAGCCAGUCAGUGCAGUGAGGGGCUUCUCGAACAAACUGGUAGCACCUCUGAAAGCAGAGGUGACAACCAAUGGAGAUGCCACUUUGGAGACUGGGGAGGAGAACGGGAACAGCUUUCUCACGUAUAUCUAUGAGACAGUGGAGGACCUGGCGACUAAGCCAGGGGCAAAAGACUCUGCAGCUAAAAAGAAAAAGAAGGUGGGGGCUCCUUCAGCAGCAACGCAGGAAGCUUCCAAGCGAGAAGAAAGUGGGAGAGACAGGGCCAAUCCUUCCUCAAAUCCCAGGUUUGCCCCUCCUGUCCCCUUACGUAGGAAUGCACGUUUGAGGGCGGCAAAGGAUCAAGAAGUGGAAACCAGUCUGAAAGUCAAAGAGCCUGAGAAAGCUGUGAAUCAGGACACUAAAACCAGUGAUGACGUGUACUUCUCAUUAAAGGACAUGUAUUUUGAUAAGCAGGUGAAGCCAACAGCAGGGAAGGAGGAGGUGGGAGCCAAGGAUGAGGCCGGGAGCGAGACUGCCCUGCGGCCAGUGGCCAUCAGCAGACAGACAGAGGAUGCUCCAUUGUCCUCUGAGGUGUCAGAGGCAGGACCUGUGCUGUCCGAGGGACAGAGAGGCCAACACCAAGCACAGAAGUUGGAGGGAAACAAAGAGAUUGCAGCAACAGUGGGACAGUCGCCUGGUGAUCUAAAACACCCAGUGUCUUGUCCAACCACAGAGUCUGGUCAGCAAGCCAGUAAGUUAGAGGAGGUCAGAAAGGAGGUGCCUGUCUGCCAGGAAACCAGGGGGGCUGUGAAAAUGACAAAUCCUCGGCUGAGGCCUCAGGAGCCACCAAAGCCAACAGCACCUUCUCCAGACCACGUACAGUCCGGCAAGGAGCACCCACCCCCCAGGAAACAGGCAGAAAGACAUUCCCGUGCUCUUGAGGGCAGAGAGACUCAGCAAGGACUGUUAAAUCAAGAGAACAAAAGCCAAGGCAGGGAAGAGCCAUCGCUAAAAAAUUUGAGUCCUUCAAAGGAUAAAACUGGAGAAAACACUGGAGAAAAUGUUUCUCAUGAGCAAAUCCCACAUCAGACAGUCAAGGAUGGGAAGAGCAAAGAGGCAGGAGCAGAGCUGUCUGAGAGCCAUCCCGGUGUGAGGACAGGAGGGAGUGGUGAAGCAGAGCCAUGUCAUGGGGCUGUGCACAGGGAGGCAGGAGGGACAGUUUUGGGGCAGCAGGACACUGAAACAGCAGCUCCUGCAUCAGUUCCACUUGCCAAGGAAAAACUGCUUCCUGCUCCUGCAGCAGAGCCAUUGGUGGCUCAAGAGGCACUGCUGACAGCUCAUGGAGCCCCAGGGAUGGAGGCUACCACAGGAGAGGUCCCAUCUGGACCCCAGCUGCUUCCUCCUGUGAGGGGAGAAAUGGAAACCACAAAGACAGAUGGAUCAGCCCCGCAAGAGACAUUUUCAACCAGCAUGUUAGGAGAGGAGAAUGCCAAACCAGUGCCCGUGGGACCUCAGGGGAGGGAAGGAGGAGAGCAGACAGCCACAGCUCCAUGCCAAGGACCAGCAGCACCUCCAGGGGCUUUUGAAGGAGGUGCUGAGGUCCAGCCACAGGUACCGCUGGUCCUGCCUGGCCCCGAGAGAUGUCAGGAGAUGUCUUUGGAGGAGAAAAUGCAGCACAAAAACCUGGUUUCCUCCUUAAAGAACUACCUGCUGCUGCUUCUAAAAAUGUCAGAUAGCAGUAAGGAUGCCACGAAAGGAGACACUGACUCUGGGGACAAGGAGCAGUCAGAUGCGGGGGAAGGCAUGAUGCCAGAGAUAGGCAUUGCUGGGCUGAGCCCUCGCACCUCAAGGAGAGUUUUGGAAAAGGUACAAAACAACCAGCUCUUUCAGACAGCAGAGAACUUGCCUCUGACCCCCAGGACAUCCAGGCGGAUCACAGGCAUGAUCAACGAGGAAUUUGUUCUCAGCCAGGAGAUGCUGGCUUGCAGGCCUGUGCCACCAAAGAAACACGCCUGGGUUGCCCCCAAGGCCGAGGGGCCACCCCUGCUCUCUGUGCCCUCCAUCGUGGUGGGCAGCAUGCCAGCAUCAGGAGCAGGGCAGCCUCCUCACUCUUCUGAUUUGCCUCCAGUGAGCUCUGGAGAGAGCCCUGGUGACCCUCUGGCAGUGCUACCUUGUGCCACGCCAGAAGAGCUCGCUUUGGGAGCCCGACGCAAAAUAUACCUGCCAAAACCAAAACAGGUGGGGGAGGAAGAGGAAGCAACCCUGGAGAGCCCAGGACACAUGAGAAGUCCGACUGUUUCGCCACAGCAAUCCAGGAAGAACACACCCCUGUUGCAUUCUCCUGCCCUGGCUCCAUCCUCUCCCACAGAGCAGUGCUCUCCAACCCUCACGAGGAAGAUGGCUACGUUGGAGGUUCCUAAGCUGUACGAGGAGCCUGCAGGUGACACCAGUGGUGACCACGAGGUCCCUGGAGAUGCUAAGCCGGAAGCACAGCGAGCAGAGUCCCAGAAAGCAAAUAACCCAUUUAAAGUUCCACAGGUGGUCCGUAAGAUCAGGGCAGAACAAUUUUCCGAUGCAUCAGGAAACCUGAAACUUUGGUGCCAGUUCUUCAAUAUAUUGAGUGAUUCUAAGCUGAUGUGGUACAAGGACGAGAUCCCUGUAGCUGAAGCCCAAAGGAGUGCUGGCGACGAGGGCCAGGCAGCUCUGGCUGUUGUGCAGGCGUCCCAGAAGGACUGCGGGGUCUACCGGUGCGUGAUCAGCAACGAGUACGGCACCGACUCCACCGAUUUCCUGCUCAGCCCAGAAGUGUUGUCAGGAUUUAGCCUGCGGGAAGAGAUUGAAGCAGUUGGAGAGGAGAUCGAGAUGACGCCCAUGGUGUUUGCAAAGGGUUUGGCCGACGCAGGCUACUGGGGGGAUAAGCUCUUCGGGCGCGUGGUGAGCGAGGACAUGGAAGUGGGCGCUGGUUUCCUGCGCAAAGCCUGCCGUGCCAGAGCCAUCUACGGCCUGGAGCCCAUCUUUGAGUCUGGCCACACCUGUGUCAUCAAAGUGCACAAUUUCAUUGUCUUUGGGACCAAGAAUGAGAACAGCCUCAUCGAGAAGAACUACGAUAUCACCAUCCAGGAAUGUAAAGUCCAGAACUCCAGCCGUGAGUACUGCAAGAUCUUUGCUGCCGAGGCACGAGCCGUCCCUGAUUUUGGAGCAGUGCCCGAGAUAAUUCCACUGUACCUGGUUUAUCGACCGGCCAACAACAUCCCUUAUGCCACAAUGGAGGAGGACCUGGGUGGGCCCUGUGAGCAGUACUGUGUCACCGAGAGAGAUGGCAGCUUGGUAGCAAGAGGCACCUCGGAGAUCGUGCUCAAAUGCUGUACCUUCCAGCACUGGGUCUACCAGUGGACAAAUGGAAACAUCCUUGUGACUGACAUGGAAGGAGUGGGCUGGAAGUUGACCAAUGUGCGGAUCGCUACCAACCUGAAAGGGUACCAGGGCCUGAAGGAGAGCUGCUUCCCCUCCCUGCUGGAGCAAUUCCCGGCUGCUCACCGGUGCAAUCAUUACUGCAGCAUCCUGGGCCUGAAGACACUGGAGCCAGCCAAGCCCAAGGGCUCCAAGAGCCCCUCCCUGGGCAGGAAAUCUGCCCAGUCCAGUCCCCAGCUCCAGAAGAAGGCACUGUCAAGUCCUCAGGGCACCCGCAAGGCUGCUGUGAGCCCCAAGAGCUCCCGGAGAGCUGCAGGAACAGGGGAGGCCCCGACAGGCUCCAAACCCAGGUUGGGAGAGAGCAGCAGGGCUGGCUGCCCGCAGUAGCCGGAGCUGCUGCAGCUGGGAACCCCGCUCUGGACCCAGCCUGAGCAGCCCCGUGGCCAGUCUGGAAAAGGGAGAUCCUGGCAGUGGUCUCUGCCAAAACUCUCCUCCCUCCAGCCCUGCCCUGGCCCGCAGCACUUGCGUUGUGUGGUGUGUGUUAGUGUGAGCGGCUGGACCGGGGCUGUGGGGGGCUGUGAGCUGUGGACAGCAGGGAUCCCUCACCAGUACCUCUCUACAAGAGCUGCUGCUGCUGGUGGAGCCUGUGGGGCCACGUGCCCCUCCACACUGGGACUCGCUUUCCUGUCUUGACUCUCUCCAUGUGCCUUCCUUAAGGCAGGGGCAGAGCUGCUCCCUUGGGCUUUGCAGGUGCCAUGCCCCUGCCUGGCUCCCCCAAGCAGACUGGGAGUCUGGGAUGUCCUCUUGGCUCCCAGCACCUCAUGUCCCUCUCUGUGUCCUCCAUAAAGUGACCAGGCCAAGCCCUGCCAGUGUUCUGUCCCUUGAGAACCCCAACAGCACCCAGGCAGUCCCAUUUGCCCUGGUACACUGUUUUUGCUGCAGAGGGUUUCAGUGGUGGCUGCAGGGCUCCUCUGCUAUGACGUGGGGCUCUGAAGUGUGUGCCAGUCCCACUGCGGGUACCAGCAGCUGCACAGGGAAGGGAUUUUGCAUCCCUCCCCUCCCCUGUGCCCUGUGGGAAGUCUCCCACGCCCUUGCUGGGUGGCUGCUGAGGGUGAUGGUGCUGCUAUGGUGCUGGCCAGCGCCAUGGUAAGAAUGCUCUACCUCACAUGGGAUACCCAGGAUCAGUGACCUCCUCUCCGUGCCAGUCUCUGCCUUGGCACAUGUGGGUGUCCAGCCCUCAGGGCUUGCUCCUCUUUGUCCCCCUGCCAUACAAAGAUCCCAUAUACCACGCCCAGCCCCACACCAUGACCUGGUCAUGCUUAAUUAGCACCACCCCUGCUUGGCACAUGCCAGACUCCAGCGGCAGCUGGCAGCACGCACUCCAAAUCCUGCUGCCCCGUGGCAGGAGGCAGUGAUGGACAGGCAGUGAUGUUCAUGCUGUUCAAGUAAAGCACCCUGCAUUGCAUCAAGCUUCCCUUGUGCCUGUCAGCUCACCCAGGCGUGCAGCAGCCGGCGGAGUGUGGCAGUGGGCAGGGGCCUCACAGAGAGCCCAGCACUGUCAGCUUCAUUGUGCUGCAGAGCAUCACCUUCCCUGGGGCUUUGGAACAGGGUGCUGGGUGCCAGUGACACCCCCCUGCAUGGUGGGGUCCCAAACAGUGACUCAGUGCAGCCUGGCAGAGGGAAGCAGCUGGGCUGGGAGCACCGUGCACGCUGGGGCCCUGGUCCUUUCUCGCUGGGUGAUUGUAAAAUACCGAUGUACAUAACGUGGCCGCAUUGGCGACUGGGUGCUCUCGAGUGCAAUAAAGUGAG